AUGCAGGCAGGACGUUUGCUUAAUGUGUUGAUACUGGCUACGUUCGCCAAACUGGAGACAUGCGGCAGAACAACCAAGAGCCCGUGUGACAUUAACAAUGGUCAGUGCAGUGACCUGUGUGUCCCGUAUCCAAACUACAGAAUACCGUACGACAAUCUUCCUUCUGGAUACUACUGCGCAUGUCCUAGAGGGAAAAUGACAUUCAGGGGGACUCUUUGUUUGCCACGAAACCAUCCCUGUUUUAAUUACCGCCAUUGCAGAAGCUCUGAAAAAUGUGUCCCCACGGGAAGCCGAGACGGAUACGGUUACAGGUGCGACUGUAGGAAGGGCUAUAUUCCCAGAGAAAAUGGACGCGGAUGCCGGCUUGCCCCUGUGAGACGCACUACGCCAGCACAGACUACGGAGGACGGGGGCCAACGACGGACUCUCAGGACCAGAAUAACCCCAGCACCUGUCUUCACUAAUCUAACCACACCUGCGCACACCGCGGCACCUCACCCUUGUGACGUCAACAAUGGCGACUGUGAGCACAUAUGUAGGAGAACAUCAUCGACGAUACGUGUCUGCGAGUGUCGUCUAGGUUAUAGGCUGUACACCGACGGUGUAUCAUGCGAGGAAGCAGAUCCUUGUGAAGACAAUGGCGGGUGCAGUGACGUCUGCAUAGCUAACUGGCCUUCUCGCACAUGUAGCUGCCGUGUUGGUUACAAGCUUGACGGUGACCAAAAGACAUGCAUAGAACUGUCAGAAGUGGGCCAAGAAGAGAUGAUUAGUUUUUGGAAAUGA